AUGUCGGGCUGGAGGUUUAGAACACCAGCCGCGGAGGUCGACCCCGAGGUGCUGCGGAAGGAGGAGGAGGGUCUGAUCACGCUCAUGAAGGAGCGCGCGCUGGUGCGGUGCAGGGAGACGCAGAAGGACUACUACGAGUGCGUCAAAGGGAGGACGAUCAGCAUCGCGUGGGCGUGCCGGGAUACCGCAGCGGCGAUGAACGAUUGUCUGCACCAACACACGAACGACACCUCGCUGGACGAGUUGAAGCAGCGAUGGGUGAAGGCCGGGCGCCCGUCCAUCGCGGACAGGGACUCGCGAUUCGCCAAGAGCUAUCUCAAAAGCUGA